AUGGGUGCAGCCGCAUCGGGCGUGCAGACGCAGAUGCAAGCCGAACAUGACCCGAACGCCAAUUACCCAUGGUGGAUUCGCUAUCUCGCAAAGGCCGUCGGCAUCGUUGGAGGCUUCAUCGCCAUUUUCUUCGGUGUCGUCGGGCUGAUCUCCUUUACGCCGAAGUGCAUCAUUGCCGUGUUACUUCAGAUGGUCUCCGGCUUCUUGACAGUGGCUCUCGAGGCGCCCUUCUGCUGCCAGUUCGUCGACUUCAUCGAGAAGCUGGCAGCGUUCAGCGAAUCGCGGUCACACUUCCACAAGGCCAUCCUCUACGGAGUGAUGGGCCUGAUCCCGAUCUUCAUCUGCAUCGAGUUGGAGACGUUCCUCGGCUCGGGCAUGAUCUUCGCCUGCGGUUGCUGCUAUGGAUUUAUGGCGUUAGGAAAGAAGGCCGACCGAAACACGAUGAUGGCUGCCAGCGACCCGGCGUGGAGCCCGCAAGUCAACGCCCCAUCGGUCUCC